CACAGUCCCCGGAGAGUUCCUGGAAGAGGCCCCUGUGCGUCCGAUGAGGUCACAAAGCCCCUCCACCAGAGGCUCCUCCCCCAGACCCCUGCUGUCCACCCUGGCAGGGCCAUGGCAGAGGCCCGAGUCUCCCAGCCUGGGGCAUCUCCACGCUCUGUAACGCUGAGCUCCAGGCACCCGUGAAGCCCCGGGGGUCAAGGCUGGUGGACCGGGGCUGGGAGGCCUGCACGCCUGGGUUCUGGGUCCCUAAACCAGUACCCAUCCACCACAGCCACCAUGAUCUGGCUUCGAAACAGGAGGUGCCUUGAGCCGCUCCAGGGCACGCCGAAGUGGGUCCCCGUUCUGGGGGAGCUGCAAAAGACCCUCCAGAAGGGCGAGUACCUGCCCCUCCGUCCGCUGCCCAUGUUCGAGAGUAACUUUGUUCAGGUGACCCAUCAAGGGGGCCCGGUGUUCGUGAAUCACAGAACCAACCGGCUGGCCAUGGGCGUGGCCGCCUCCCUGCCAGGCCUGGUGUUGCCUGACAUCUUGCUGAUCGGCCAGCCCGCCGAGGACAGGGACUGCUCAGGCCUCGUGCUGACCAGGAUGCUCCCCCUGGACCUCGUCCACCUCUGCGUCCAUGACCUCUCUGCCUGGCGCCUGAAGCUGCGCCUGGUCUCGGGCCGUCAGUACUACCUGGCCCUGGAUGCCCCCGACAAGGAGGUGGGCUUCCUGUUCCACUGCUGGGUCCGCCUCAUCAACCUGCUUGAGGAGCCAGCUGCCACCUGGACCCCCAGGACCAUGCGCACGGCCCCCCUGGAUGUGCCGCUGGCCGAAGCGCCUGCCUCCACCUGGCACCUGCAGGACCAGCCCAUCAGCAGACAUGCAGUCAGGGCUGCUGAGCACAACUUUCCUUAUAAGACGGUGGCUGCUCAGAGACAGAGGAAGGCCAAGGCGCUCAAGCGCAGUUUCAGGUCUCAGGCUGUGGGCGACUCCGUGUCCCUCAUCUGGUCACAGCUGGAGCAUGCCGACGUCAGGAAGAAACCUGCAGAAAAGAAGUCCCACUCAGACCCCUACCCCGACAGAACUCACACCCAAAUCCGCUUGUCUGAGAAGACCAGCGUCACUAUCUGGACCAUCUUCAGCAUCAUUUCCAGCACUGCCAACCAGACACAGUCCUCCCCAAAGGCCUGCACAUCUGCAUCUGAUGAGGCCACAGGCCAGGGACAUGUGGUUGAGAGCCCGUCACACUAUGUCUCAGCUGACAGCCCUGAUUGCUUCUUCCUGGGCUCCUGCAGCUCCCUGGACCCAUGCCUGUGGCAUCAGGACAUGGAAGACCUUGUGGACUCUGAGGGCAGCACUUUGUCGUCUGCUGCCUCCGGCCUGGCUCCCUAUCCCCCAGCUGCCUGCCUCUCCACACCCUACUCUUCCAUCCCCAGGGGCAGGGAAAAGGCCGGGCCUAUGGGCUCCCACCAGGGGCCGGGGCCACCACCCUGCCAGAAGGCCCCAUCUGGCCCUGUCACAUCUUGUAAGGCACCAUUCCUCGUUGACCAGUCCCAGAAGCUCCCAGCUGUACCUGCUCCAUCCCAGAAGACCCCAGCCAUACCUGCUCCAUCCCAGAAGGCCCCAGCCAUACCUGCUCCAUCCCGGAAGGCCCCAGCCAUACCUGCUCCAUCCCGGAAGGCCCCAGCCGUACCUGCUCCAUCCCGGAAGGCCCCAGCCGUACCUGCUCCAUCCCGGAAGGCCCCAGCUGUACCUGCUCCAUCCCGGAAGGCCUCAGCUGCAUCAGCUCCAUCCCGGAAGGCCCCAGGCAUACCUGCUCCAUCCCAGAAGGCCUCAGCUGCAUCAUCUCCUCCCCGAAAGGCCUCAGCCAUACCUGCCCCACCCCAGAAUACCCCUUCCCCAUCUCAGAAGGCCCCAUCUGUACCUACCAUUCCCCAGAAGGCUGUGUCCCCCACUGCUUCAAAGAGGAAAUCUCUGCUCCUCCCUGCCCCAUCCCAGAAGGCUCUGCCAACCUCACCUACCCAAUACCAGAUGGCGCUGGGCCCGCCUGCCUCACGGGGGAAGCUCCCUGGCAAUUUUGACGUGUUGCCAACAGGAAUUCCUGGAAGAGCCGUGCUGGAGAGAAGCCAGUCUGGAGGGAAACUGGAGCCGGCGGUGACCGUGCACACCCAGGAGACAGACGUGGUGGAGAUGACAACUCAGGCUAAGUCCCCGGAGUCGCCCUUCAGCGUGACCAAGAAGGAGUCCAAGGACAUCCUGAUUAGCCAAACCGAGGAGGUGACCCUGGAGGCCUUCAGGGGCCAGGGGAAGUUGGAGGACUGGGCCCACUGGGCGAAGCUUGAAGAGAGGUCCCUGGACCUGCCUGGUGUGAGAUCCAAGGAGUUGCAGCAGCGGAAGAGAUGGGUCAAGACGAAGGAGCUGGCCGUCGAGGGCCCCUCCCGGGAGCACAGCAGGCCCUUCUCUGUGGAAGCGCUCACCCUCGCCAAGCUCACGAUCAUGGCCAACUCCAAAGAGCAGCGCUCGAAACCCGCUUUGGUCUCACUUCCCUCCUGGCUGUUGGCGACUUCGCAGGCGUCUGCCACUUCAAUGAUAGCUUCCAUGCCCUCCCGCCCAGGCCAGCUGUCCUCACUGGAGGGGAGGCCAGUGGUGGUCAGAGAGCAGCCAGAGUCGUACACCUGGGUGAAGGAGGGCAAGCGGCAAUGGGGCGAGAUGAAGGAGCCACCCUGGGACCCCGAGGGGCCACCCAAGGUGCCCUUUCGCUCCAAGCCCACCUCUGCCAGUCUGAAGAGGGAAGGAAUCUCCCAGGCGCCUAUCCCCCUGCCCACCUCACAGUGGGAGGACUUACUGCCAUCGCCCCUCUCGGAGACCCCCAUCUCAAAGAUGGAGGCCACAGCCAGGGCGUCCCAGCAGCCCAAGAGAGUGUCGCAGGAGCCUGUGAGGAUGCCAGCCCAGCAACCCCUGGCCACUGUGGGGUCGUCUUCAGAAAUUCUUUUGCCCAUGCUCUUAGAACUUGAAACUGUGAGGAACACGGCCACCAAAGCAGAGGAAAUACAGGAGGAAUCGGGCGUCUUUAACCUUCCGCCCAGCCUGCAGCACUCCCAGCACUCCGAGUGGCCGGAUGCGGGGGCUUAACCCCAGUGGGAAACUGUCCAGAGGAGCCCAGCGCUGCCAGGCCCCCAGGGUUCUGUGCGCACCGACUGUAAGAAGCGGAAUGUUGAAAGGCCGCUUGGGGGGAUUUACCCCGUCUGGUAGAUACCAGAACUAUGGAUAUGCCUUUAUAUAUUGGGGGCGGGGGGGGCGGGGGCGAGCCCGUGGAGCCGCCCAACUUCGCAGAGAUUAAAGCUUUACCCUGAGACUCGGC